AUGCCGACCCGCGCGCGCUCGAACGUCGCGAGCGGUCGUAAAACGACCGCGCUCGGGUCGACGCGAGCGAUGCCGAUGACGGUGGUGUCGCAAAAGAUUGAUGUCGCGUCGAACAACGUCGAGCCGCGCGCGCGCGCGCGGUCGGCGAGCGUCGUCGAGGCGGUCCGGGGGUCCGGGGAUGAUUAUGAUCUCGAUUCGGGCGUUCCGGCGAACUCGGAGUUCGUGCCGACGGCGUACGAUGAGACCGGGUCGACGGGGGACGUCUACGCGGGGCCGGCGCGGUUGUCGGGCGACUUGCGGCGACACACAAUCUUGGUCUACGUCGCGGACGAGACUGGGAUGAUCAACCGCGUCGCGGGGGUGUUCGCGCGCAGAGGGUACAACAUCGAGUCGCUGGCGGUGGGAUUAAACAUCGACAAGGCGAUUUUCACGAUUUCGGUGAUUUGCAGCGAAGAGGACGUGGUCAAGCUGAUGAAGCAGGUGAAUAAACUCGCCAAGGUUCGAAAGGUGGAGAACGUCACGAAUAAAGAGUGCGUGGAGCGAGGUUUGAUGCUGAUCAAGGUGAAGUGCGAGCCCGAGCAUCGCUCGCAAGUGCUGGAGGUGAAUAGAAUCUUCCGGGCGAGCGUGGUUGACGUCGCCGAGCACUCGUUGACGAUGGCUGUGACGGGAGAUCCGGGAAAGAAUCGGGCGUUUCAGAGCGCACUGACAAAGUUCGGCGUCCUCCAGGUCGCGCGCACGGGUAAGUUGGCGCUCAAGCGAGAGCCUGUGUACAGUGAGCAACGCUCUCGUCGAGUGAGACUCAUGGAGGCGAUGAAAAAGGCGAAGGACGCGGUGAGCGGUUUGAACGUCAAGGAGAGGAGCGCAAAGUACGAGAGCGUGCUCGCGUCUCGCAUCGUUCGUGCCGUCGCUGGGAUGGAACACGACGAUGACGGCGAUCUGGAUGUUGGUGACGUGUACUCAACGCUCGAGAAUGACAGUAUUGGCGUGUGGGAUGUGCCGGUGCUCAGUUCCUCCUUCUCCGGGUUGGGCAUGGGUACCGACAAAGUGGACAUCGACAAGCCGGACGAGAACGCCAAGUUUACCCCUCGCACCCUGUCUAUCUUGGUCGAUAAUCGUCCCGGCGUGCUCGACUCGGUCACGGGUGUAUUCGCCCGCCGUGGGUACAACGUUCAGUCGUUGGGCGUCGGCCCAGAAAAGUCAUUUGACAUUUCGCGCAUCUCCACCGUGGUUCCGGGUACAUCGCAAGACAUCGCGAUGUUGAUGAAGCAAAUCCUUAAGGUCCCAUACGUCAUCUCCGCCCAAGACAUCACGAACACGCCGUUCGUCGAGCGUGAGCUGAUGCUCAUCAAGGUGGUGUGUCCGCGAGCGAACCGCGCCGAGGUCAUUGACCUGUGCGCCAUGUUCCGCGCCAAGGUGUGCGAUAUCUCGGAAGACACCGUCACGAUCGAAGUGAGCGGCCGUCAACGUAAGAUUAACGCCAUCCAGGCGCUGCUUGAGCCUUAUGGUAUUUUGGAAGUUGCGCGCAGUGGUCGCGUGGCCUUGGCGCGCGACUCGGGCGUCGACUCAAAAUUGCUUGGCGUCAUCGCCGACGAGUCCGCCUUUGAUAAUUUCGAGUAG